AUAGCGCGACAGACAGAACCCAACGAUCGCGGAUAAACAGUCUAACAGGGGAAGGAAGACGGACGUGUGCUUGUAUCGCAAUUCGGGGCUUUUAUAUUGCAUCAGAACGCGUUCACAGCUCACAGAUAAAACGUUGUAGAUUUCCCCUGCGUGAGUACCCGUCAAUCUGCGCUAAAACGCGCCUGGCAAGUUUUAAAUCGUUUACCGAUGGACUGACAAACGGAUUCUCCUCAGACGACGCAAUCUAAACAAUUCACAUUUUUACCUCAUUCUCUGAAAUCAAAGCCUGUUUCCCCUCAGGAUGACUUCAAGUGGACAAUUAAGACAUGCAGAGCUGUGAACAGUGUUGACCGGCGGCAUCUGGACAGACAUGGAGCCUUGUGCCGAGUCUCAGGGAGAUCCUGAGAGAGCUCAGCAUCAUGCAGAGAGCAGAGAAAACCCUGUCACCCCAGCUGCCUUAAUGCCUGGUGAUGAUGCUGCGCUUCUGACCCCGGGAAGGAUGAGCCAGCGUGGCAAGGAGGCGGGGCUGCACACGCCCAGUAAAGACCUGCUCACAAGCCCCUCCCUCAGCCCCGGCGUCAGCUACAGCCACGGUUUUGAUCGUGGCAAAGAGGAGAUCCUGCCUCUGAAAGAAGACUCCUCACACUCCAUAUCCAAGAGCAAGUCGGAAACAAAGCUCUAUAAUGGCUCAGAUAAGGACGUAUCGGCGUCUGGAAACAAGCUUACUAAGAAAGAGUCACUCAAGGUGCAAAAGAAGAACUACAGGGAAGAGAAGAAACGUGCCACUAAAGAGCUGCUGAGCACCAUCACUGAUCCGUCUGUCAUCGUCAUGGCCGACUGGCUCAAGAUCCGUGGCACGCUGAAGAGCUGGACCAAGCUGUGGUGUGUGCUGAAGCCAGGCGUCCUGCUCAUCUAUAAGACCAAUAAGAACGGCCAGUGGGUCGGGACCGUCCUGCUCAACGCCUGUGAGCUCAUCGAGAGACCCUCCAAGAAGGACGGCUUCUGCUUCAAGCUCUUCCACCCGCUCGAACAGUCCAUCUGGGCCGUCAAGGGUCCUAAAGGAGAAGCUGUGGGCUCCAUCACUCAGCCGUUACCCAGCAGCCACCUGAUCUUCAGAGCGGCUUCAGAAUCAGACGGCCGCUGUUGGAUGGACGCUCUUGAGCUGGCUCUGAAAUGCUCGAGUUUGCUGAAGCGAACGAUGAUCCGAGAGGGCAGAGAGGAGACGACGCAGACCGCAGAGCACUCGCACAUUAACUUCUACAGUCUGCUGAGGGCACACAACAUGCAGUUUAACGACAGCGACCAGUUUAAGGAUCCAGACCUGUACUCGGAUAAAUCAGACCGUGAGAACGAGCAGGAGCAGGAGGAGUGGGACAACGAGGUGAUGGAGAAAAGUGAGGAGAGCGACAGCGACACGUCAGAGCGACAGGAAGACUCGUACCUCGACCUGGAUCCCAACGAGGCACUGCGGGAAACGUCGUACAUCGAGCAGAGCCACGAGGAGCUGGGAGAGGCAGGCGAAGAGUCUCAAACAGAAACGGUAUCUGAGGAGAAUAAAUCUCUGAUCUGGACUCUCCUGAAGCAGGUUCGGCCCGGCAUGGACCUGUCCAAAGUCGUGCUGCCCACCUUCAUCCUGGAGCCACGGUCCUUCCUGGACAAACUGUCCGAUUAUUACUAUCACGCUGACUUCCUGUCCGAAGCGGCGGUGGAGGAAAACGCUUAUAACCGUAUGAAGAAAGUGGUCAAAUGGUACAUUUCUGGAUUCUACAAGAAGCCAAAGGGUUUGAAGAAACCGUACAACCCCAUUAUUGGAGAAACAUUUCGCUGUUUAUGGAUCCACUCCAAGACCAACAGCAAAACCUUCUACAUCGCAGAGCAGGUAUCCCAUCAUCCUCCGGUUUCAGCCUUUUACGUCAGCAACAGGAAGGAUGGCUUUUGUCUCAGCGGCAGCAUCCUGGCCAAGUCCAAGUUUUACGGAAACUCUCUGUCGGCUAUCUUGGACGGUGAAGCCAGGCUGUCGUUUCUGAACAGAGGAGAGGAUUAUGUGAUGAACAUGCCCUACGCACACUGCAAAGGGAUCCUGUACGGGACGAUGACUCUGGAGCUGGGCGGUCAGGUGUCCAUCGCCUGUGAGAAGACGGGCUACAGCGCUCAACUGGAGUUCAGACUCAAGCCGUUCCUCGGCAGCAGUGACAUCGUGAAUCAGAUCAGCGGGAAGAUCAAGCUCGGGAAGGAGGUGCUGGCGACACUUGAGGGGCACUGGGACAGUGAAGUCUUCAUCAACGAUAAGAAGACGGGUGAGAUGGAGACGUUCUGGAACCCGACGCCGGAGCUGAGGCAGAACCGUCUGAUCCGCUGCACCGUCCCUCCUGAAGAACAGAGCGAGUUUGAGUCCGAGAGGCUGUGGCAGCAUGUGACACGAGCCAUCAAUAACAAGGACCAGACGGAGGCGACCAAUGAGAAGUUCAUCCUGGAGGAGGUCCAGAGGAAAGCGGCACGCGAGCGCAAGGCCAAGUGUGAGGAGUGGACGCCCGCUCUGUUCGAGCAGGACCCGGUCACCGGAGAGUGGCAUUACCGCUACGCAGACACUCGUCCGUGGGAUCCGCUCAACGAUCUGAUUCAGUUCGAGAAAGACGGCUUUAUUCAGACCAAAGUGCGCCACAGGACGCCUAUGGUACGUUCAGCCAGUGUAGUUAGUCUCAGUACCCAGCAGGGCCCCCGGAGGGACAAUUACCUGAGCCAGGUGACGGGACCAAAGCGGAAACAUAAGAGUGACAAACCUAAAAGUCCCGAGAGUGGCUGUUCGUCUCCGGAGCCGGACCACCAGGACUCUUCAGGCAGCGAGAGGCACAAGAGCAAACACAGCAGCCGCCUCAGGAAGAAGGGAACAGAUCUGAGUGAAAUCCAAAGUGCCAUUGAGUCGAUCAGAAAAACCCAGGAAGACAUCAACAGGAGCGUCAACGCUUUGAGGAGUCGAGUGGCGAGUCAGUCAGCAACAGAAAGUUCGUUCCUCACACACAGAGAUGUGGCCAUCAUCCUCUUCCUCAUCUUCCUCCAGGUCCUUCUCAACUUCAUCUUUAAGUAACGGUCGAGAAUGACCAAGAAACCUCACUCCAUCCCUUCAGCACUCCAUCCUUUAGUCCGUAUCGCCUCGCGCCACAUUCGGUUUUCCUUUAGUUUUUUAUGAAUUUGUGUUGCGAUCGCUGCAAAGGGACGGCCAAUGUCGGGUUGAAGUGCAUUGUGGGAUGUUUUAGAAAUGACUGUUUACUUUAUUCUUCAAAACGAGGAAAUCUCAUCAGCCUCUUAACCAUUUAAACCAUUGCUUUAAUUUAUUUUAUUAUUUUUUUCCCCUUGAUUAGCGCCCCCUGCUGUAGCGGAGGACAUCAGUUGAUUUACAAGCUAAAUAUGAUAAAAUCAAGGUCAUUUUUUCCCCUAAAAUAGGGGAUAUAUAUAUAUAUAUAUAUAUAUAUAUAUAUAUAUAUAUAUAUAUAUAUAUAUAGUUUAACAAAAGUCAUAUUCUACACAUUCGGUUUCUAUUCAUUUAGUUUUUUAUGAAUUUGUGUUGAGAUUGCUGCGAAAGCAUGGAAAAUUUUGUGCUGAAGUGCAUUGUGGGAUGUUUUAGAAAUGACUAGGAAAACGAGGAAAUCUCAUCAGCCCCUUAACCAUUUGAACCAUUGGUUUAAUUUAUUGUAAUAGUAUUUUUACCCUCCAUCAGCGCCCUCUGCUGUAGUGGAGGACGUCAGUCCAUAAAUAAAAUAAAUGGGUGAAUAUUAUAAUUUCUAGGUCACCCCCCCACCCCAAAAAAACCCUCCUAUUGUACAUAUAUUGUGCAUUGUGAUAUAAUUUUUAUGACAAAAAAGCACAUUCCAACCCAGAUUCUCAUGACUAACAUGCAAAAAAAAGUCAUUCUCAUAACUCUUAUCCCAAAAAAAAAGAAGAUAUUUUAUUAUUAUUUGUAUGUAAUGGUAUUCAUUGCAAUGCGUGAUUUAAAUACAAUUUCACCAACACGUUAUAGUUAUGAAAAUUUGGAAAUGUUAUGAAAAUUGUCCUACAGCAAAAAAAUAUAUAUAUAUAAAUAUAUUUUAAUUUUCUCUGGGACUUUUUUUUUUUUUCCCGUGUUUUUUUUUUUUUUAAGAUUCACUCGCAUAUAAAACUUAAAAGGGUUAAAUAUUGCCGAUGUUACUGGCAUUUUAUGACUAUUUUAUUAAAACGAAUGAAGGAUGUUGUGAGCUGAGGUCAAAUUUUGUAUUAUUUAAAACCGUUCCGGGAACAAUUUCACUUUAAAUCUUAAUUUUAACAGCACAGUAUGUGGAUCCUGCAUUUCAGACCUUCCUAAAUCGUGUUUGAAGGUAAUAAUGUUUAAUUUAUUUGAACGAUGCCGAAGCGUGUACAGUAUAGCGAGCGUCACAUUUAAUAUAACUCUGAGGAAACCGUAGAUCUAGGCGUAGUAAACCUGUAGCAGGAAAUACUGUUUCGUACGUUUGUAGUUCCACUGUUACAUCAGAAUAGAUGUACGAUUAACAAGCCAAACAGUCUGCGAGUAGAUUAGAGUGUAAACGUCACAUCUGUAUAUAGUAUAGAACUGACUUCCUUUUGUACUUCUAGAGAAACGCCGUGACCCAUAGCCCACGUGUCUUUGUUCUGCGAGUGUUCGUUGGCUUGCACAGCGUCCAAUCAGAUGUUUGACUGUGCUCACGCCGACAAUAACUACUUUAAAAACUACGUGCCUUUACAAGCGGGUCUUGCAGCUGGAGUUAGAGUGAGUUUGAGCCUGACUGUUGAAUUCCUACCGUGGUUUGUCUUUCUGUCUCACUUCGAGUGACUGUGCCAUAUUCGGACGUUUGCGGCUCGGUGUUUUAGAUUCAUCCCAGAGCUCAACGCUGCCAUAGAUCUGCGUGUCUUUAGCCAUGCGUCUGCCACUGAACCAGGGAUCAAGCUCCACGUGCAUCACAUUCAGUGUUCGUCUUCAUGCUUCUAGCACGUGUUCUUUCUUUUUUUGCCCCGUGUCUCUUUUUAAAGCGUUUUUACUCCAGCUGAUCCAUGUUGGUUUUGUUUUUGCUCUGGAUUAUUUCCUGCAGCUGUCUCUAUGUACAGAUGAUACUUUAUUUGUAAUACAGAAAUAACUUCCUGUAAGUUUAUUGUCUCCUGUGACAUAUCACCAAAUAAAUGAAAAAGACCGAA